AUGGAGAGGAUGUAUAAUCAAAGGAUCAUGGCUGAAGAGUGGGAUUUGGAUAUUUACCCAACAAUUAGAAAGGAGUUAAAAGAUAAUAAUAUAACUCAAAGAUUUUUGGGAGUUUAUCCAAGUGGUAAUCAACAAUUUGAAGUAAGAUUUGGUAAUGAUGCAUUUGAUUUAGAUCUAAUCAGAAGGAUAUGUGAAUGUAGAAGUUGGCAGUUGAGAGGCAAACCAAAGGUUAAACGAACAAAGGAUAAGUCAGCAUUUGAAGGUACUGGUAAAAAGACGCAUACAAUAUCACAUGCAAAAGGGUUGCAAAAGUGUAGUAAUUGCAGAGGCAUUGGAUACAAGAAAUCAAGUUGUCUAGGAAAAGGAAGGGGAAUUACAAGUGGAAAUGGAAGUACAAGUGGAAGUGGAAGUGGACAUGUACCCGUACAAGAACCUAGACAAGAACCCGUUCAAGAACAUGUACAAGAACUUGUUGAAGCUCUUGUUGAAGCUCCUGUUCAAGAUCCUGUUGAAGCUCCUGUUCAAGCUCCCAGAGCUUCAAGAAUUAGAAAGAUGCAUGUGCGAAAGAGGAAAGUUUCAGAACGUAUAACCGAGAUUGGUCUAAGUAAGAAAUUUAUCCCCAAAGGAGGGAUUGGUUGUAGUCAAAACAAGCCAGUAACUUUAGAAUGA